AUGGCGCAGUCGCCUGUAUCCGGCGUCAUGAUGCCGCCACGCUUCAAUAUCGAGCUGGACCGGACAGAUCCGGACGUUCCCUUCCGCGCAUCACAGUCGCACAUUCAUCACACAUGGGCCCGGACGUUCCAUUCACGACCGGAGCUCUACGUCCGACCGCAGAGUCUUCAGGAGGUGCAGAAAGUUGUAAACCUCGCGAGACGCAUGCGAAGACGCGUCGUCACUGUAGGAUGCGGACAUUCACCCUCGGACAUCACAUGCACAUCAGCAUGGAUGAUCAACCUCGAUGAUUACAAGCAGGUGUUGAACGUGGAUAAGGAGCGCAAGACUAUGACUGUGCAGGCUGGAAUACGCCUUCAUGAUCUCAACCUCCAGGCAAAGAGCCACGGCUUGACAAUGCCUAACCUUGGCUCCAUCGACGAUCAGUCACUCGCCGGUGCGAUUGCGACAGCGACACACGGCAGUUCAUACAACCACGGCCUCCUCUCCGACCGCGUUCAGAGUCUUCGUAUAGUGCUGGCAAACGGCCAGGCAGUACGCUGUUCACCCCAGCAAUCGCCAGAUCUCUUUCGAGCAGCGCUGGUUUCGCUGGGCGCAUUGGGCAUCAUCGUCGAAAUCGAGUUCCAGAUGAUCGAAGCAAACAACGUCGAAUGGAUACAGACUAUACGGCCGAUUGAAGAUGUUUUGGCAGACUGGAACAACGGGCUUUGGACAUCGAACGAGUUUACAAGAGUGUGGUGGCUACCGUACAUGAAGCGCGCAGUCGUAUGGCGCGCGGACAAGACAAACAAGCAGCAUCGACAGCCGGAGUACAACUGGUAUGGCGGCAGUGUCGGCUUCCACACGUACCACAUUCUUCUCUGGAUAUCGCAAUACGUUCCACGCUUCCUGCCUUGGGUCGAGUGGUUCGUCUUCGGCAUGCAAUAUGGCUUCAAAGAUGGUGCACUCAUCUCUGCGGUUGGCGAGCAGCGUACGGAACUCUUGAUGAACUGUCUUUACUCACAAUUUGUUAAUGAGUGGAGCAUUCCCCUUGACAAAGGUCCUGAGGCUCUGACACGACUGACGAACUGGCUCCACGGCGACGAACAAUCCUCCGGUAUUCCCUUUAGCACCAAAGGUCUCUACGUCCACUCUCCGAUCGAAGUCCGCAUUGCAAACACCGUCAACCGAGAACCCCGUCCAUUCCUUGAUACGUCCUACCCCGACCAACCCGCUCUAUACCUUAACGCCACGCUGUACCGCCCCUACGGUCAAGACCCUCCCUGCCGCGAACGUUACUACCAGGCCUUCGAACACCUGAUGAAAGAGUACAACGGCCGACCUCACUGGGCAAAGAACUUUCAAUCUGUCGACCACGCCUACCUCUCCUCGGUAUACGGCAACGACUUGGAUGAAUACAACCGCGUACGCAGCGAAGUCGAUCCCGAAGGCAUGUUCCUUGGCGCCUGGCACCGCCGCACCAUCCUCCCACCCAAGAGCGAUCUCCCCUUACUGCCCCUCGAAGAGAAAGAAGUCAUACGCCGCGACCGACGUACCGGUGGUGUGGACUGGGUAGGUGAACAAGCACGAUGGUUUGAUGGUGGUGUUGAUGUGUUUGAGAAGGCGGGCAGUGAAAGUGAGUCUGGAGAGAGCUUUGAUUAUAUGGUUGGGGCGGAGGCGGAGAACAGUGUGCUUUUGGAAGGAUUAAGUGACGAGCUUGUUGUUACGGAGGAUAGUUAUGAGAGUGUUACGGAGUCUAGGAGGAGAGAGGGUACUGAGACGUAUGUUACUGGAACGAACGUCUUCAACAAGAUGUAG